GCUGGUAUUGCCCAUCUCUAACUGUCACAAGUAGUGAUGACAGAAAACCAAAUGAAUAUAUCUGUAUCAGGUGGCAAUGUUUUUAUUGGUGAUCACAUGACAGUUAACCUUACUCCUACUGGUAUUUCCAGUGAAGUAAAGAGUUCUAAUUCUGCAAAAGAUGGCAAAGUCAGGGCUUCCAAUUGGCGCAAAGCAGAUUUUGAGUAUUUCCAGAGAAGCGAAUUAGAUGAUCAACUUGAAAGAUUGCAAAAAGGAGUUCCGAUAAUUUUGCACGGUUCAAUUGGAGUUGGAAAAUCAUCUGCUGCUUUUAAUCAUCUUGUUGUCAACAAGAACAAAUAUGACAUCAGUUGGUUCGUGGAUCUUAGGAACUCUGACAGCGAACGAGUCGUUGAAUCAUUGACAAUAUUAGCGAAAGAGUUUGGAAGCAAUACGAGUUAUAAAGAAUUGCUGGCAUCUAUUGAGAAAAGAGCCGAAGAAUUGAACGUAAUUUUUUUGCUCGACAACUUGGAGUCUGAGAAUAUUGAAGAAGAAUGGCUUGACGAUUUAUUGAAUAUUCGUGAUUCAAUCCAUAUUCUCAUCACCACUAACAAUCGCGACCUCAACCAUCUUCUUUGGAAUUAUUCCAAGAAAAUUGAAGUGGAUCGAUUUCAUCGCGGAAUAGAAUUUUUUAAAGAACUCGAGGAUGACCCAGAGAUGAAAAGACGGCUCUGUGACUAUUUUAGCUGGAAUAUUCUUGGCUUAACAGCUUCCAAAGACUACAUCGUCAAAAACAAAAUAUCUAUUGAUAAAUAUCUAGCCAUGCAAGAACACAAAGAAGCGGCUAAGAAAAUUCGCGAUAAAGAGCAAAAUAAGAAAAGAAAGCACUUGUAUAUUGCAGUGCAAACCUGUCUAGAACAAAUUGACGAUAAGUUCUUUCCUGUCAUUGCAGCUGUAGCUUUUCUCGCUAAUAAUGGAAUUCCAGAAUUCCUUUUAAGCAGUCAGCUACCUUCAAGUGAUCUCCACAUCAAUACAACAGAAAUGGAAGAUCUGUGCGAUAACGUUAAGUCGCUGAUUCAAAUGACAAGAGAAGGUGAUGUUCGCCUUUUUUCAUUCCAUUCCUUCACCCAACUCGUUAUCAGUGAUAUGGUCGAUGAAAAAGAAAGCAUUAAGUCAGAAGUACUUUAUAAGUUAGCAGGAGUUUUUAUGAAAAACAUCAGUAAAGAUAAUCGUUUCUCAAAAAAUGAUUGUCAGCAGCGUAUUGUUCGUAAGCACGCAGAGAUAUUCUUAAAUAAAUGGAGGAAUAAAAAGAAAGAUGACAGAACAAAGAUGGCGUUAGCUAGACUGGCAGAGCUCAUUGGAUUCACGUACACCCAAGAGCAACCUCCUGUGCUACAAAAUUGGACACUUUCUUCGAAACGUCGAGAGAUCUUCUCCAUGAGUUGUGUGGUGUGACUGAAGAUGACUUGCAACCUGCUCAAUCGUUUUAUUCGUUUACAAGCGCUUUCUGGGAGGAGUCUGUUGAUAAGAAAGAAAUAUACAGCAUAACUCACUCUACAUCAUGCGUAGCUAAAAAAUUAAUGAAAAAGAUGAAAGAAAAGAGUUCCAAGAUACCAUGCA